GUUCCCAGCAAGGUCGUCUGGUGUGGUGGUGCGUCGCGUUUUGAGUCAUCACUGCGAAUGCAGUGGAAUUUCAAUGUAUCGGUGCAUCUCUGAGUUGACGUACCCUAUCUUGAACAUUUGAAUAAACCAGCUUUCUACUACCCUUGUUGUAAUUUACCCAGGGGAGAACGAACUUUUCGUCGCGGGCUGGCGACUGAUUUGGAACUGCCGGCUUAAAUGUCCUGACACGCUGAGUGGCUUAACCACGUAACACGUGCUUUGUCCGCCAUUUGCAUGUUAUAGAAGAACAGGGUUAUCAGCUGGUGGGAGCGAUCUAUUCCAAGUUGAGGUGAUGUGUUACCCACAAGGCAGCAACAGAGGGCCUCCAGAGUUCUCUGCUGUGCAGUGAGUGCGCCUGACUUGGACCUAAGGUCCUGUCCAGAGUGAUAAGUGUGUGUGGAUAUCAAGCUACAAUGGAGGCAUAACAUGUUGACUCGCUAUGAGUGGAAGAAGUGCACAAGAAAAAUUGUUGUUUGUUACUGAACAACAAUAACUUCUAUGAAACCUGCUACCUCGGACUUCAACUGCAUAUGAUGCCCUCAAGAAAUUCUGCAUGCAUAGCAUGUCUUCUUCUUGGUGCAGCCAGUGGUCUCCCACUGCACUAUGGCUCUGUGUCGGGGUCGGUCGGCGCCGACUCCUGGCCGCUGCCCCUGCUGCUGGGCCUCGCGCUGCUGGCUGCCGCCGUCUCCAUCAUUGUCGGCUGCGUCUGCUGCCAGCGGCUACACAAGGGCGCGACGCCAGCCAUCCAGGGCUUCAACAACGCCACCUACGACCCGACGCCGGCCGGCGAGCUGACUCUGUUCCCGCCGCUCGCGUCCGUGUCGGGCCGGCCGCAGUUCGAGCCGCUGCCGGAGCUGGUGGCCGGCGCCGGCACGGGCGCUGGCGUCCAGCAUCCGCGCCCGGCCAUCUACAACUUGUCGGUGUCACGUGGGUUCUCCGCCAAGGACUGGUUCGAUAACCCGCAUCUGAACUUCCCGCGGCGGCAGCUCAAGUAUCAGCAGGAGCUGGGCACUGGCUGGUUCGGCCAGGCGCUGGUGGGGGAGGCCCGCGACCUGACGGCCGAGCCGCGCACCGCCGUGGUGGUGAAGGCGCUGCGGGCGGGCGCCACGCUGCCCGAGCAGAUGUACUUCCUGCACGAGAUGUCGUACCUGCGCGACGCCAACCAUCCGCACGUGCUGCGGCUGCUGGGCCGCUGCGUGGAGGCCGACCCCUACCUGCUCAUCCUGGAGCGCUGCGGCAUGGGCGACGCCAAGGAGUUCCUGCAGUCGCGGUCUUCGGAGCAGCGGCAGCUCCUGCUGGACACCAUGUCGCUGAACAAGAUGGCCAUGGACGCGGCUUCGGGACUUCAGCACCUGCAUGACAUUCAUUACACGCACAGUGACUUGGCGGCGCGCAACUGCCGUAUCAUGGAGAACUGCACGCUCAAGAUUGGCGACUACGGCUGCAGCAUCGACAAGUACAAG